AUGUCUUACAACAAGGACAAGGAGUUCGGCGAGGCGCCCAAGACUCACAAGAUCCGCAUCACCCUCUCUUCCCGCAAGGUCCAGUCCCUCGAGAAGGUCUCCGCCGAGCUCAUUGAGCGCGCCAAGUCCAAGGACCUCCGCGUCUCCGGCCCCGUCCGUCUGCCCACCAAGACCCUCAAGAUCACCACCCGUAAGACCCCUUGCGGUGAGGGUUCCAAGACCUGGGACUGCUACGAGAUGCGCAUCCACAAGCGUCUCAUUGACCUCAACGCCCCCACCGAGAUCGUCAAGCAGAUCAUCAUCAACAUCGAGGCCGGUGUCGAGGUUGAGGUCACCAUUGCCGCUUAA